GCCAGCAGAGGGCGCUCCCGCAGCUCCAGAUCUCAGAGAGAGAGAGGAAAAAAAUGCAACAGCAGAGAAAGAACUAUAUUAUUUUCUUCCGACUGUGAACCGCCUGGUCGUCGCUCCCCCCUUUUUGGCAAACGGAGGACAGGAAAAGCAGACAAAGAAGGAGGAAGCGCAGAAGAGGCGAAGGGAGGCGGCAGCCCGGGGCGCCGUCGGGGAGAUCCGCAGCGCUCUUGAGCCGCAGCAGCAGCAGCAGCAGCGGGGACGGACUGAUGGAGAGGCCGGCGGGGCCAGCUGGAGGAGCAGUGACCAGCCCUGCAUCCCAGUAGGGUCGGGCCGGGCGAGGCGGGCAGGCCGGAGGACGAGGAGGAAGAGGCGAUGGGCUAAAGGGGCGGCCGCCCCCGGGCCACAAGGCAGCUGAGCCGGAGCCGCCGCCGCGCGCGCCUCCUUCCAGCCGCGCUCCUCUCUCUCUCCCCCCAAAGUUGGUCCCAGAUGUCGGGCCGGGCGGUGCGGGCCGAGACACGCAGCCGGGCCAAGGAUGACAUCAAGAAAGUGAUGGCCGCCAUCGAGCACGUCCGCAGAUGGGAAAAACGAUGGGUUACUGUUGGAGACACUUCCUUGCGGAUUUACAAGUGGGUACCAAUCGUGGAUCCCCGGGAUGAGGAGAAAAGACGUCUGGCAAGCAAUAGUGAGCAGCAGAGGACCAAAGAGAGGCGGAGCCGGUUCCCCAGUCCGCGGACCAACCCUGCCCUUCUCAUGUUGGACCUCAAUGAUGAGAACAGCAACCAGAGCUCGCUUUCCGAGACCUCCAUCGUGAAAGGGGGAGACAACAGCCCCAGCCCCACUCUGGACCGCAGCCGGACAGUCACUCCCACCCCUCUGGGAGAACUGAAGGCGGAAGACUCCCAGCCCCCCUUGCUGGGUCAGGAAGGAGAUUCUGGGGUGCUGCUUUUGGAGGGAACAGAUGAGCCCCCCAUGCUUACGAAAGAAGGGACGGAUGCCAAGAUAUCGGACACUCUGAAGAAAGAUGCAGAAGAUGACUUUGGACCCACAACAGCCCCCGAGAAGCGGACGUCUGAGGCCGAAGAGGGGCCGUCGCUGAAACGCAUCCGUGUCGAGCCCCCGGAGCCAGAGUCCGGCCAUUCCUCUGAGGCCUGAACGCAGCCCUGCUCCAACCCUUUCCCAUCUCCCUGGACAGUAUGUGUAUAUGUGUGGAGGACGUUUUGGAAAAGAAUGUGUUAAGUCGACAUUAGUUGCCACUUGUGAACCAUUACAUUUCCCCUGUGCCCCGGUGCUCCCGGGUGGAUGCUUAUGACGGUUAUAGCUAAAGAAACAUGGCGGCGCCCACGGACACUCCAAGACAGCAUGUUUGCUUGUGAAUGGAAGCCAUGUUUUUUUAAAAAAACACUGGCCAUGCAUGAUUUAAAACACAUGUGUCAAACUCGUGGCCCUCCAGUUGUUCAUGAACCACAAUUCCCAUCAGCCCUUGCUAG